CGGCGAACGGGGUGUCAGUCGCCGUUUUGAUUCCGUUGCGUGAGUUUGUCGAUACUUCCAUCCACAGUUUUCAGUUGCUGUUAUGUUGGUGAGGCCCCGAAGCGAACAUUCAGGAUGAUGUGGCCAGAAGUUGAGGUUCUCAUUUCGACAACCUACGCCUCAGCGGGUUACUUCGAAGUUUCGGUCGUCUUCGUUUUUUUCGCAUGGCUUUUCUCAGAAAGAGUGAUGGCGAUGAUGGAGCUGAUGUCCACAAAGCUGUACGAGGCAUGCUCGACUCCGAGCUAUAAUGGUAGCCUCAAACAAAGUUCAUCUUCGUUACAUCAUCAACUGACGCAAUACCAGCUGCGGAAAAGGGAGCAAAUAGCACAGGCUAAGAGUUUAUCGGUACAUUCAUUUGAAUCUGCUUUAUAUUCAUUAAAAGAGACUCCAUGGAAUAUGAUUCUGGAGCAGGAAAAGAGGCCUCUUAUGGGAUUGUCUUGUAAUGAUUGUUGUCCACGAAGUAGGAAAAAUGGAGGAAUUGGCAAUGAGCAUUUCCCAAUUGUUGAUUUGCUGCGGGUGGAAACAUUAGGAAAAAUCAGGCGUCGUGGGAUUUUAGGUUCCAUAUUUCCUGUCAUCAGGCAUUGUUCAACAUUUAAGAAAUAUGAAUACCCUUAUAUUUAUGAUUCGGUAUUGAAGGAUGAGAGUGUUCAACAGAUGGUUGAAAAUACUGCAUCCGAAGAAGCAUUCGAAAAUGGAAUCACAGAUCCAGAUGGCAUUGAAAAGUUUGUUGAAAGACAGACGAAACGCGCUGCUGCAAUACUUACUCAUAUGCAUUCAAAAUUAUCUGAUCUUGUUCUAAGGAUUGGCUCAUGGGUGUUCUACAAAACAUUGCCAUUGCUUUUUACCAGCAUGUCAAUUCCUCAAGGGCAGAUAGAAAUGCUUCGGAAGGCUGCUUCAACAGGCCUACCUCUCAUUUUCCUUCCACUUCAUAGAUCACAUGUGGACUAUAUAGCGGUGACAUUUACGUUGUGCAACAGCGGUAUUAGAGCGCCUCUAGUAGCUGCUGGAGAAAAUCUCAGGAUACCGAUCUUUGGGAAACUUCUUACUGGUUUGGGUGCUUUCUACAUCAAACGUAGAAUGGAUCCAGUAGCAGGAAAGAAAGACAAGUUGUAUCGUGCUAUACUCCAUAACUAUAUGACUCAGUGCAUGCAAGCUGGACAUUAUUUUGAGUUUUUCAUCGAAGGUGGCAGAACCAGAACUGGCAAACCAUGCAUGCCCAAAGGUGGUCUAAUGUCUGUUUUUGUUGAUGCUUAUCUUUCUGGAAUCUUGGAAGACGCUCUCCUAGUCCCUGUGUCUGUCAACUACGACAAAAUUGUCGAAGGAAACUUUGUCACUGAACUGACUGGUGAGCCCAAAAAACCAGAAACCCUUAUGUCCGCCCUGAAAGGGAUCUGGACCGCAAUCACCAGCCACUAUGGCCUCGUGAGAGUUGACUUCAAUCAGCCGUUCUCGUUACAUGAGUUGGUGAGAUCAUUCCAGAAUAAAGUAAUGAACAAAAGCGGUUCAUUUCAUAUAGCCCCGUCCUCGGCAUCUCUGUACGGCACAGACAUCAUCCACGAGGAACAAAGGCAACUUGUAGACAGCAUCACAAGGCAUAUCUUAUACGAUUGUAUGCAGAGCACAGCUGUAAUGUCUACGAAUGCAGUUGCGUUCCUGCUGCUCUACUACUUUAGGAAUGGAGUGCCUCUUUCGAAGCUUACUUUUGCUCUGGAUCGUCUCAGGGAUGAGCUUAGCUUUUCUAAGAAAGACACCGGUUUUAGUGGGGAUAGCAAGGAUAUCAUCGAACAUGCUGUCUCGCUUCUUGGACCCGGACUGGUCGAGGUAGACAAGAAGGAUGAAGAUGUUUACUAUAAACCCGUUUCUAUGCUUCCUAAUGUCUUAGAGCUGAAUUAUUACAGCAACACUCUUGUUUCUCAUUUCUGUCUCAAAGGAGUAGUUGGACGAGUUCUGUUGAGUUUAACUGCUGACCAGAGGGAUGCCAAAGUAGCGAUAGAAAAAGUAGUUGAUGUGUCCAUCUUGCUUUGCGAAAUAUUACAAUUUGAAUUUAUAUUUACUAAAACUUGCCAGCAGUUAAAUAAUGCUGUGUUUGAUGCAAUAGAAGAAAUGACUAUGCAUGAAAUCCUAACCGAGGUUGCAAGCCAUCGAAGUGGUAGAUUAGGCUAUGGUUGUCCGAGGAAUUUAGAAAUAAUUGAUGAUGAAGAUGAGGAUUUUAUCCCUCCCGAUACGUUUUAUAAGGUCAACCUGGAAGAAGAGAAACUAUUAUUUUAUGGAAGAUUACUGGAGCCUCUGAUUGAUACCUAUUGUACAGUUUUCUCCUAUUUGCUAUGCAUGAUGGACCAAGUAAUGCCUGAACAGAUAUUAGUCAAAGAGUUGCUUGCAACUGUCAAGGCUGGCCUAGAUAACGGUAGCAUACGCUAUGCUGAAAGCUUAUCAACAGACACAAUCAAGAACUGUAUGAAACUUCUUGAAAAGUGGUCUGUCCUCGAAUGCCACAUACAAGACGGUACAAAGGUUUAUUAUCUCAAUCCUAAAUAUGAAAGCGAAGAAAUGUUGGUUACAAUUAUUGGAAAAGUUGAACUCUUCAGAAACCGUCUUUGAACUUCAUCUCAAAAUUUAGUCUAAUAUAAUCUAACUGCCUCUCUAUCUCCAAAACAUUCCUUAUUUUAUUGUUGAUAAAUAUUUAAUUUUGUUAUAUAUUUUUUUUAUAUGUGUACAGACAUGGCAUAUGUAUUAGACAAAUAUUUUCUUUGUUCUUUCUUAUUUAGUCGAUAGGGCAUAAUUGUUAAGUAUUUAUAUGUUAUUAAUUGUGAUAAUUUUAAUAGAGUGUCUCUGUUUUCUUUUUCGUUAGUUAUUGUAACUGUAGAUUUGUAAAUUUGAGUCAGUUACCACAGACCUCUGUGAAUUGUAAAUAUGUUAGAUAUAAUUGUUAGUAUUCAUACUUCGUUCGUUUAAAGAAUGAAAAGGAACAUAAUUUUGUUCUAUGUAAACAUAAACCACAGAGUGGUUAGUCCUUCGUUGAAAACAGGCCAAAGAAACUGUUGUUUUUAAAAUUCACUAUACAUUAUAUUUUGCUAAUUUUCUUUUCUUUAUUCUGUUGUGAUUGGCUCAUAUAUAUGAUAUAUAAUGGAUUUUAAAGCAACUAAAAAGUAAAUGUGUAUAUAUGUGAAUGGUGAAACAAGACUGACGUUUUGUUGCGAUCUUGCACAAUUGAAAGAAAUAUUGGUGUUUAAUUCUUGAAAAGUUAUUAUAUUUUUUAUAAAUAUGUCUGCUACUUCAAUUUAAAAUUUUUUAUACAAAGUGUGAAUAAUUUUUAGUUAACUAAAAAGUUGUUAAGUACUGCACAAAAAAUUUGUUAUAAUUUCUCUCUCUACCUUUUCUUAUUUUUUUGUUUUAAGGAGUUGAAGUUAUUUAAUUAUUAUAUAAUCUAGUUAAAUGGUUAUUCGAAUAUUUAUUCAAUAGCUUAGCUCCUCUUAAAAAAACGUUUGGAUUGAAGGAUACUUUUCUUGUUUGAUUCUGAAAUGUUACCUAACUUUGGCGCAUAUAUUUGAUACAAUUUUUCAAUCUUUAUUGUUUGUAUAAUUAAACAUUAAAAAACUAAAUUAUGGUGGAAAAAAAUUAUUGCUUGAUAAUGGCAAAUGAAAAGCCUCAAUUGAUAUCAGAAGACACGAUCCUAUUGAAUGUCUUUGAUCUGUUUCAUUUGAAAUCAAGAUUUGUUAGUUUUUCGAUUCUUAUACUUUUGUUUUCUUUUUAAAAAAAAAAAUAUUUCUAUUUAGUUGAUUAUAAAUCCUAUCUUUAUAUUUACAAAUUUAUUGUUUUGCUGCUAAUAAUGUUCUCUUAUCAGAUCGAUGUGAUCUUUCACAAAAAAUUCUUUUAAAAUGUAUUUUUUGAUGGUUUAAAAACUAAGUAACUUCGUAUAACAAUAAAUUAUUUGUGAUGGCUGAUGCGGCCAAUAACCACUUGACAAGGUUGUGCAUAUUUUCUUAUCUAAUGUAAUUGUCAUUGUUAAGAAUGAAUAGUCAUAUUUUUAAUAAAGCCUUUUUAUUUUA